AUGCAGGCCAUCUGUCAUCUUUCGCGAAGAUGGCACCAACAAUUUUGCCGGUCUCCUAGUUUCCUCAGCCACCGGCAAUGCCUGCAACGAUGGCAAAUUCGCGGCUUCGCUCGUCGAGCAGACCCCGACAUCAAUUACUACGAGCAAGAGCCCGGAAAGCCGGAGACUCUGAGGCCGGAGGGAGGGCCUUUCGACGAUGACUUGGCAGUAGCCCGCGAGCGCAUCAAGCAGAUGGAGAGAGAACUAGCUGUGAUGCGCAAAGGACCAUUUGCUCGCGAGGGCGAAUUCAUGCAAAGUCUCCCUGAGGACAAGAGAGAAGAAUUGCUCAAGGCAAUGGAAGAGCAAGGCUUCGAGGAAGACGACAUCCGAGAUCUCAGUUUCGACGAGCUGCUGGCCGAGGACGAAAAGCCAUCUCCGAAGCAACAACUCGCAGUCAGCCUCCGCAUUCCUGAGAAGAGUCGAGCCUAUGUCCGCAAGUUCAACGCUGCCCUCCAGACGUCAGAUGCCAAAUCCAAGCAGAAAUUGUGGCUAUGGUACCUGCGAUGCCGUCAAAGAGUGCCUGGCUUUACGAGCCACAUCCAGGAAGAUGUAUGGGACCAUCUCUGGCAGACACAGCUCGAGACACACCCUCGAAGUCCUCGCAUCGUCAGCCUCGGCGAAGAUAUGCUCGGUGCAGGUAGAGACCUUGGAGACCGUCUUCCGGAGUAUUUGGAGGCUUUGCACCUCGCAGGCGAGACCCGUGCAGCCCUUGAGAUGUGGGAAAAGGCACCCAAGUCAUCCGCUAGACUCGAGAGAAUUGGAGUUCAGCUUUACGCGGCAAUCGCCGAAUCCGAGACACAAGGAAGUCUCGCAAAGGCCGCAAAGAUGGCUCUCGCCGAUCCUGUCAAGGAUACGAUCCUGCCCGUCAUACAGGCUUACGCGAAACGUACAAGUGCUAAGGCAGCAGUGGACCUUUGGGAGUUCUAUCUGAAGAUCACACCCACAAUAGAACUCCUGGGGCACAUCAGCUCCGUACUGUUGGAAGCCGGGCGCAAAGAAAUGGCCCUCGCCGUCUUCCAAGACAUGAUGGGCAAAGGAGAACGCCCCAAGAUAGUCAGCAUAACAGAAUUCAGCCUCAUGAGUCUACUGGCGCUUCCGAAGAGGUUCAAGAACAAGUUCUUCUUUGGAGCCUGGAUUAGAUGGCUCUUGGCCGAAGGCAAAGUCGAGGAUGCUACAUUGGUGGUCGAACUCAUGCAAGAAAUGGGCAUCAAACCGGACGCCAAACAUAUCAACGGCGUGAUCGCGGCCUGGCUUCGUCAGGGAUCAGCCAAUAGCGACAAGCAAGCGGUGGAAAUCGCGUGGGGCAUGGUCCGGUCACGAAUAGAAUACGUGCAGACGACCCGCGGCCGCAAUAUAGCACACAGCGAACAAGCACUCCUGCAAGAGCAAGAACUGCAAACACCCAAGCUGCCAUGGAGUCUGCGAAGGCACAUACCCCCAGCCACAGUUGAGACCUUCUCCAUCCUUGUGGCACACUACGCCCAAAAGAAAAACAUCCAAAUGGCUGAGCUCGCCACCAAUAUCAUGACUGGUCCAGCACAGAUCAAAUCAAAUACGUUCAUUCUGAACACGUGGAUUGCCGUAUCUUCCGUCGAAAACAUGUGGAUGCGUUACUCAGAGGCAAAGGCCGACAUCAGACCAGACCUGGGUACAUUCGCCGGCCUCUGGGACGGUCGUCGACGUGCUACCAACCAGACAAGCCGUACGUACCAGCCCAACUUCCCUACUCCAAGACGGUUGUUCAGAGAAAUGGCGACCUGGCUGGACUCAUUGACCGUGGCCGAACGUGCCGAAGUCGGCAAAGAGAUGACCCCAGCAAUCUACGGACAGAUCAUUCGAUGCCUCUGCCUCGUUGGCGAUCUUCCUGGCGUCCUCAUCGCCAUCCGCUAUCUCCAGGCAAACCUUGACUUACUACCCCACAAUGAUGUCGUCGGCAUGGUCGUCAUGCAACUCGCUCGAAUGAACCCAGAUGAUGGCAGCCCUCCAGUCAAGCUGUCCGGUGUGCGCGCGCGCCAGGCCGCGCGCCAGGCGGAGAUGAGGUGGCGCGCUGCGCUCAACAACUAUGUUGUGUUGAUGGAUGAGAUCCUCGUUGGCUACGUGACAAAAUCUGAGCUAGCGGGUAUUGAUAUCGAUAUCGAGGGUGAUGAGGAGGGUCGUGAGACUCAGGCAUUGCGGUUUGAGGCGAUUCAGACGUUCUUGUGCUUGGUCAUGAAUAAGCACAAACAGCAUGCUGAUGUUGUGGCUAACGAGAUUGUCCUGGCGGGUCAGGCGAUGGGGCUGGAUGUGACGCAGGAAGAGGCGAGGAAAUGGUUGAUGAGGCUGUUGAGAUGGCAGAGGGGUAGUAGGAGAGUGGCGCAGGCAGGACGAGAUUUUUUCGGAUGA